AUGCCACCACAAUAUCCACAUCCCAAAUUUGAUACUAGUUUACCUUGGGAUUUUGUACCGAUCGAACCACAGCAACCUUGGCCGGUUACUAAAAAAUUAUAUAUUUUUGGUUUUCUAAUAUGGCCACUUUGGUAUGUCGGAACCGUCUAUAGUAUAUUCGGAAAAGAUCAAGCGACAAUAAUAUGGGGUAGACGAUGUAUUUGGAACGCUCUUAUAUUGACAGCAGUAAUUACUUAUAUUGUCGUCGCCUAUUUCCAAGAUUCGAUAAACUCUUGUGAGUUACUUGCAUGUAAAUAUUCUUAA